UUAGUAUUUUAAAUUAUUUAAUUAAAACUAGUAUGGGCUUUAAAUUAACAGUAUCAUCUUUAUACUUCAAAACUAAAUAUGUUUGACAUAAAGCCACCAAUAUUCUACUUGGAUAUAGCUAUUUAAUGAUGGCAGCUAUUUUUUCUCUCUUGGUUAAAAAUGUGGGUCUUGACAAGUUUUAUAAUCUACAGAUUAAUGUGGGUCUCUGGUGAAAAAACCCACUCGUGUGUCCAGUCUAUCCCCAAACAGCCCUAAAUAGACAUUAACCAACCUCAAUAUGUCCUACCCAACCAGUACCCCAAGCCUGAUAUAUCAGAUGUUGUGUUAUGUGCUGUCCUGUCCUUUCUGCAAAUGUGCUCUAAGACUAUAUGUCAGAAUGCUUGGCAUCCAAUAACCGAUGAUUAAUAACAUGCUCUAAUGGUGCCGUUAAACUAAUCAAACAAUAUUCGAUUUCAGAUAGCACCCAGUUGAUUGUUGGUGUUAGUGUGGGCAUCGCGUUGUUCCUUGCUGGCGUGGCAACCAUUAUUGUUGUUGUGUACAUGCGGUCUAGAGCAAAACAACAGUCCAAGGCAAAACGACGCACCAAGAGAAGACAACAAGAGCGUAGAUUUCAUCCUAGUGAAGUUGCGUCCCUUGACAACGACAACGAGUCCAGCGGUCGGCACAUGUAUGACAUCGCAGAUUCAACAUACUCUUACAGGAACGAACGUGGUAACAUAACAUGUGAGAUGGAAACACCUUAUGAAGCACCAUUACCGGAAAACGAGCGACUUCCAAGAUCCAAUCAUGCGUAUUAUACAGAAAACAGAGACGCUGAUUACCAAGAACUUGACGUGGCCAAACAUUUAAAACCAGGAAGAAGAGUUUCAAAAUCCAGCCAUGUGUACGACAUGUUUAACCCACGGGACGUCAUCGCACAACAAGAGCGUGAAGUUGCGUCCCUUGACAACGACAACGAGUCCAGCGGUCAGCACAUGUACGGCAUCGCAGAUUCAACAUACUCUGACAGGAACGAACGUGGUAACCAAACAUGUGAGAUGGAAAUACCUUAUGAUGCACCAUUACCGGAAAACGAGCAACUUCCACAAUCCAAACAUGCACAUUGUAUCGCUUAUUUGCAUGACGUGUCAGAAAACAGAGACGCUGAUUACCAAGAACUUGACGUGGCCAAACAUUUAAAACCAGGAAGAAGAGUUUCAAAAUCCAGCCAUGUGUACGACAUGUUUAACCCACGGGACGUCAUCGCCUGCUCUUGUAACCACUGUGUGCCUGUUCCCUCCAAGGAUGGAGAGUUCUGCUGUCAGAUGGAUAGCGACAUUAAACGUAAGAUGACAUCGAUGCGCAUACAGUGCAUCACCCAACAUGAAGGGUUUCUUGGAAAUUGCUUGAAUCUGCAUGUAAUUGAAGCUGCCUUCUACGAGUUUCUAGAAAACAAUGGACCAUUGGGGAGUGAACAGGCCAUCCACAAAGUGUAUCGUCACCUCGCAUAUAAGAACUUUACUCGCUGGAUUUGGAGGAAGCUUGGACAGAAAACUCGCAAGGCUUUACCAUCGUGUGUAAACCAUGUCAUAAGGAGCAACUUUCCAUCUGAGAAUAGUGCACACAUUGGAUUUGAAUAUCCCCGAUAGUCAAUUAACUAAGUGUUGACACUGUGCAAAUAUAGCUUUUCAAUUUAAUCUUAAGUUUAUUCUUAAUGAAAAUGACAUCGACUGGAGAUGACACGACACCACAUGAUAUGAGAUGACAUACAAUACUAAUAUCUACUAAAUCUAAUAUCAUAAAAUUCAAAUUUGUAAUCACUAUAUAAAAUCACAAAUAAUAAAAUCUCAAAGGGAAAUAAGUGUUAAAUAAAUAACAAAUCACAUAUUAUGAUAUUAAAAAUCAUAAUAAUCACCAAAAAUAUAUUUACUAUUUCUUUAUUAAUUAACGUUUCUGGCUUUAUAGUACUUAAAGGGAGAUAAUCAUUCACUUUAAAAAUUGCUCUCAUCCGAUAGUAUUAAACAUAAACGAUAUAUUUAAAAUGCACAAUACAGGGGUAAACUACUAAUUUAGUAUUAUACCAAUCCCUUUUCACAUACCCUUUAAAUUUUACAAAGGCACAUCGACAUCCAUUUCUCAACGUAACGCAACACGAAACAAAAAUAAACAAAUAAGCUAAAUGGGUAAUUUAUUUCAUAUGUUAAAAGUAUACAUUCUUAUGUUAUCUAACUACAACAUACGUUAACAUUAAAUAUAGAUACUUAUCUGAAAUAUCCACAUGUUACAAUUAUACGCUAAUUUGAAAAGUUACAGUAUCAAUAUCGGCUAAGUUUUCAGCUGAUGUAUAAAAAUAUAUCUACAAUAUAUAAUAUUAAUCCAGCUAUACAAAUAACCAGGAAAGCACAGAACAAUAUUAUCUUCCAUUCAAACAUUCACACUAUGUUAUUGUAAUAAAACUAUAUGCAUACAGUUGUAUUUCUAACCUGUUAAGAUAUCUACUGUCUGCUUGAUAUAUACAUAUAGCUAGUUAACUAUUCUGCUGCAAGAUUGACUGUCAACACGUCUGUCAGGUCAGUGAAAGAAAAGGACGCAUACACGUGCAUUUAGUGGUGAGGUCAGAAAAGGUUGUUUAAAUCAAAUAUAAUAAAAUAAAAGUUAAAGUUGUUUUGUUUAACGACACCACUAGAGCACAUUGAUUUAUUAAUCAUCGGCUUUUUGGUGUCAAACAUUUAGUAUUGUUGACAUAUAGUUUUAGAGAGGAAACUCGCUACCUUUUCCCAUUAGUAGCAAGUAAUAUUUUAUAUGCACUAUCCCACAGACAGGAUAGCACAUACCACGGCUUUUGAUAUACAAAGAUUGAGGAGAAAUAGGUUGAUAUACUAUUGAUCAUUUUACGAACUGAGCGUUUAUAAUCAAGUAGUGGGCGGGACAUAGCCUAGUGGUAAAGUGCUCACUUGAUGUGCGGUCGGUUUGUGAUCGAUCCCAGUCGUGGUGUACUGGCGGGAACGAGAAAUAGCCCAAUGGGUCCAUCGACGGGGACCGCGCACCAAACGAAGGUUUUACCACUGGGAUGCGUCCCGCCCCACAUAGUAUAGAAUAAAACAACCGGUUAACAUAUCACUGUCGUAUGUUACACUGUGUUGAACAAUAGCUUAGGAAAACUUGACGUUUAAUUUCAGUUCAUAUUACCUGCACUGAAAUAGAAUAAGUAUAGUGUUAAAUACAAGUACAACCUUUAUUUCAUAUGACCUGAAAAGAAAUGAUCAAUUACUAAAAACAUGUUUGGUCAUAUAGAUAUUAUUUAGCCUUCGGUACAGCCUGAAAUAAAACAUCAGUUACUUAAAAUAAAUGAUUUACAUUUAAAACGUAUUGAUAUACUAAAAUCCAUGUGUACUACAAACAUGUAGACGGGAUAUGGAUUAUUCUAGUACUGAUGAUACAAUGAUCGAUUAUAAUCGAAAUGUUAUCACUUUAUUGACUUCUACCGAUUUGAUGAUCGAAUGUAAAAAUGCAUAAUCGAUUGUCCUUGAAAAUGUUCACUGCAGUUGUUAUUCCAGUUCAGAUGACGACAUUGAUGUAAUAUGUUAGAGUUGCAGUUUGUGUUCAUGCGUACAUGGAUAAAGCAUGACGUAGUUAUUUAAAAUAACAUCGGCGAUUUGUAGUUUCCAUCACGGUGAACAAAACAAUAGGUUUAUGUGUUUUAUAAUUCAUAUACUUUUUAUGUUUGUAAUGUUUAUAUAAUUCUAACCUAUUCCUAUAUCGAAUGUUAUUGGUUGGUACAAAUCAAUUAUAUCCGAUGAUCGAAAAUGGAAUUCCAACCGAUUCUCAAAACUAUUUUUUAAUGUUCGAUAAAUUUUAUUUUUAUUUUGCUAAUACUAUAUAUUUCCAGAUUUAGUACAGCUUUAGUGUCUUUAGUGUAUACUAGUUCUAUGAUUGCAUUUUGCUUGCCAAGUAUGUCAUCUGUCCUGCUAUAGCUGUAGUAGCAACUCUGUACAUAUAUGGCCAAAGUCCAGUGGCAUUAAAGUUUGUUUGUUUGUUUGUUUUGUUUAGCGACACCACUAGAACAUAUUACUUUAAUAAUCAUAUGCUAUUGGAUGUCAAACAUUUGGUAGUUUUGGUAUAUAGUC